UCGCUUUUGUGCCUCUUGCGCCGCCAACAUGAAGUCUCUUGCGUGCCUCGUCUGCCUGCUUCUCAUCUCCCUUUCACUCGUGUGCAAUGCAGCACACAACAAAGCGUGCAGCCUAAAGAAGGACCCCGGGAACUGCGAAGAUGCUUCGACCAAGUGGUACUACGACAGCAAGAGCAACUCCUGCAGGCUGUUCGUGUACGGAGGCUGUGACGGCAACGACAAUCGCUUCGACACCGAGGCCAAAUGCAAGGCGGCGUGUGUCCGGUGCCUCGAUGAGCUGACUGCCGAGCAUCGCUUAACGUGGACAGGCUUCCUCCAACUGCUGCCCAAGCAGGCGCCAUGCUGAUCCCCACAAGACGACCAGUGGAUAGGGGCGGCAGCAGCAGAACCAGCCUCAAUGACGGCAGCAGUGAUCCGGUUCGACACAUUAAAGACUGUUUUGAGAUA